CGGAUGUAUACCUGUGUCCUUCUACAUCAAAAAUUGUUGAAAGAUUACAAAAGGUGAUCGUACGUUAAACAGAAUUAGACUUACGGCAGAAAUUAUUGAAAUAAUAGCAGAAAAGGUUAAGUUUGCCCAUUUUAAAAGAAGGUUUCUUAUAUACCGAUGAAAAUAUGGGUCCAACUGUAUUACUAUUGUGCAAAUCAAUGACCUUUUCCGUGUUUAUGAUUAUCCUGAAUCCCAUAGAUAAAAUCCCUCCUAGCAACCUAUAAAUUGAUGCAAACCUCCCACAAACUCCAUCCAUCAGUAACCAAAACACAAAUUACUCAAAUCAAAUCAACACAAAACAAUGAAGACCACACUCUUAGCAUUUGUUCUUCUCUUUGCCUUGAGCUCACGACCACUCCUUGGAUCAGCUGAAGCUUCACCUGACCAAGUGGUAGACACAUCAGGCAAGGUGCUCCGGGUUGGUGUCAACUACAAAAUUCUUCUGUCCAUGCCCUACACUACUUGUAGAAGUCCACAAGGCCUUGGCCUCUCAUCAAAGAUUGGUAAAUCAUCAUGCCCUCUUGAUGUUGUGGUUGUGGAUAGAUAUCAUGGCUUGCCACUAAGGUUUAUACCUAUUAACCCCAAAAAAGGUGUUAUUCGUGUCUCUACUAACCUCAACAUCAUCAUGUUCCCUCCUAAUGUGAGUUGCCCUCACCAUUCCACAGUGUGGAAGAUUGACAUUUCUAAUGUUUCUAAGGGACAGUGGUUUGUGACUACUGGUGGUGUUGUGGGAAAACCGGGUAGGGAAACCAUUGGCAAUUGGUUCAAGAUUGAGAAGUAUGAUGGUGCUUAUAAACUAGUAUAUUGUCCCAGUAUGUGCCCUUCUUGCAAGAAUGAUCAGUGUAAGAAUGUUGGGAUGUUUGUGGAUCAUAAGGGAAACCAGCGUUUGGCUCUAAGUGAUGCUCCCUUCCAAGUUAAAUUCCUUAAGGCCUAACCAAUGCAUGCUCCUCUGGUUGUGCACAGACAACUAUGAAUAUUUUAGUAUAUUUCCUAAUGAUGUGUUCAUUCAAAGGGUUGAUAUAUUUAUUAUCAGGAUUUCCUAAUGAUGGAUUUCCUUGUUAAGAAAAUAAAUAAGUAAUUGAAUAAAAUAAACAAAUGUUUUCUUGUAUGAUGUAUUUGAAUUUCAUGUCUCGCUAGCUAUAGUAGGUAUAUGAUCAUCGAAAAACAGAAUAAACAUAUCUUUCGUGCAAGAGCUUACAAAUGAAAUUUAUUUUAGACAUAUAGGACUUACAAAAUUAUCAGUAGGAACUUGAACCAAAAUCAGAGAAUCACGACAAUCAAUGGAUACUACGGAGCAAUUCUGCUCUAGAAUGAACCAGUAACUGGGUGUUGAAUAUUCAUCAUUUGAGAUAGUGCUAGUUAUAUCUAAAAUUAUCAGUAGGAACUUGAACUAAAAAGCAAAGAGAUAUCUUUAUGAUUAUGUCCCAAGUUCACUAGUCACCACCUCCUCUGGUGACUGGUGGAAGUAGAUUCUACCCAUCACAAAAUUAUAGAAAUUAAUGAUCUUGAACCUGUGAGCAAGACCUCUUCAUUCUAACUCCACUCAAGCUACUCCUAGACUCCAUCAUUGUAAUGAGGGAGAGCCACUUCCUUGGACCUGGUUCUGGCCUUUGCUUUGGAGCACUAUGAGACGUCAAUUUGGCCUUAAAAAGACUGAGUACUGAGGAAGAAGUUAUUGGUACACACAAUAUUUGGUGUC